AUGCCCUCGUCCGACAUCCAUGUCAAGCUCCCCGCCUCACCGCCUCCUCAAGGCAGCAUAGCGCCGCAUACCACCCCCGAUGCCGCAACCGAGCACCGUAUCGGCGCGUGGACGGGUGAAGAGCUCAACGUGCUCUUCCAGCACGUCAUUCACCAUGGCAAGACCGACUGGGAGCACGCUGUUCCAGGUCGGACCGCGAACCAGUCACGCCAACAAUGGAAGAACAGCCUUGAGCACCAGAUUACCCAGUUCAUCAAGGACCACAAGCAUGACGCGCACCACAAGCACGGCGCCCAACAGUAG